AAUUUCGACCUGUAAGGACUAUUGUAGAUAGAUACGCAGUAAUAUCCGGGAUGCCGGUGCAUCACUCUUUAGAUAUGGCAACUACGGUUUCUACCGUUUCUUGCUCCCGUUUCAUCGACCCCCAACAUCCCCACCAAUCCCGUCGCCACCAUCUCGCUGACUUCACCUCCCAUAAAGAUUCAAUUUUCACCCCCAAACACUCACACCAUUUCCCCAUCUCCUCGAAUCUCAACUCUUCCAAUCCAAUCCUUCCUCUGCUCUCAGCCACUGACUCUCCUCCUCCCUCCUCAUUAUCUUCUCCAACUACCCCGCGGCCAACAGGCCAGUUUCUCAGUAAUGAAGAGCUCGAGAAGCUCCAUCUUCUCCAAAACUAUAAUUAUAUUCAAGAAUUGAAGUCUGGGUCGCUCUGGGUAAGGGUCAUGAAGCCAGAAGAGCUGGAUAUGACAGUGAGUUUGUUGGCAGAGUCAUUUGCAGAGUCGAUGCUGAUAUCCAUGAGGUAUUUGAAGGUGUUGCAGUUUUUUGUGAAGCAAUACUUGAUUGAUAGGAGAAGGUUGAUGCCUCACGCUGCCACACUUGUGGGGUUUUACAGAGAAGAAGAUGGAGAUGGAGAUGGAGAUGGAGAUGGAGAGAUGAGGCUGGCUGGGACUGUGGAAGUGUCUUUUGAUAGAAGGGGUGCUAAUACUAACCCCCCCACCCCUACUGCUCCCAAGAAUUCACCUUAUAUAUGCAAUAUGGCUGUCAUGAAGUCAUUAAGGAGGAGGAGCAUAGGGUGGCAUAUGUUGAAAGCAAGUGAGGAACUGAUUUGUAAAAUGAGUGACACGGUAAAGGUCUACUUGCACUGUAGAAUGAUUGAUGUGGGGCCGUACAAUAUGUAUAGCAAGGCAGGUUAUGGCAUUGUGAAGACCGAUAGCAUGUUUGUCCUUCUGAUGUUGCAGAGACGUAAGCACUUGCUGUGUAAAUAUCUACAAGAAGACUUAAAAUGCCCCCCCUCAGAAGACGUACGCACCUUAGACCAACUCUCACUAUGAAAGGAUGAAAGUUUGUGUGGAAGGAGAAAUAAGUAAAUGGAGGUAUGAGUAGUUGAUUAAAUUCAUUCCUACCUUACUCUGUUGUGAAUGUGCAGUCUUUUUCCUGGAGCCCUGGACAUGUAAGCUCUUACUUCUCUCAAAGUAUCAUCCUUUCUUCCAUGACCUACGAGGUCCUCCAAAAAAAAUGUGCCGAGUUCAUGUACCUGCUUAGUGUGACAUGUUUGUGUAUAUGUUUAUUUUAUGUCAUAUGUAGUUAAGAAAAUAAGAACUCAAUUGCCAGGUUACUUUGUUGAGAAGUUAGAAAUAGAAUGGGUGAACCUGGAACAAUUUCUUUUGACUAUUAAUGAAUUGUUUUAAUUGUUUGUGUUUGGUUACAUUAGCCUCUUUUCUUACUGUGAGCAAAUGUGGCCUUCAACUAGUCUAUCUAUACAUCAUGUUAACCCUCGCAAACGUUCCACUCCAACCCACAUCAUCCAAACAAGACCCUAAAAAGUUCCCAACUUGGCUUAGCAUUCAUUGCACACUUGGUUGGUGGUCUGAGGAACCGGAGUGGAAAGGGCUGAUUUUUUUUGUUUGGCAUAGUUGAUAUUUGGUCCUCAAUCUGCUGAUAUUUCUUCUCAGGGUUUAAUACAUAUCCCUGAAAGGAAGCAAUAAUGUGUUUUAUUGGUUUUUUGAAAAAAAGAAAAGAAAAAAGAGGAACUCGCGGAGGCUGUAUGGAAUUCUUAAAAAAUGCAAAGAUCUGAAGUAUUACCUAGAAAUGAUGGCAUUGCAAACAAUGAGUCGAUGAAGUUCCACUAUGUGACUACUGGCUUCUAAGACUCAAUCUGAAUCACAGCUUUUCUAGAAAUGCUGCUGCUACUUUUGAACUAGACUAACUUGUAAUGAGAAUAGAUGCUGCCGUCUCUCUUUUGAUUAUUCUUUUUGUGUAGUACAACAGGAUGUGUUUUUUAUAUUGUUCAGGCUUGUUUGGUGUGUCCAAGUUGACCUAUAAUUUCCAUUGCACAAUACUAGUUCAAUGAAGUUUUUAUUUUUUGUUCUGUU